CGCCCCCCGCCGCUCAGUAAGGCGCCGGCCCGGGGAUGCAGCCGCCGGGGCAGGCGGAGAUCCACGCCGGGGACCGGCUGAGCGGGGCGGCCACCCGGGGGGACCUGCCUGAGGUCCGGCGCCUCCUGCAGCACGAGAUGGUGCACCCGGACGCGCACAACCGCUUCGGGAAGACGGCGCUGCAGGUCAUGAUGUUCGACAACGUCUUCAUAGCCCAGGAGCUCCUGAAGCAGGGGGUUAGCCCCAACGUCCAGGAUGAGUCGGGCACGGCCCCUGCCCACAACGCUGCCCGCACCGGAUUCCUGGACACCCUGAGCAUCCUGGUGGAACACGGGGCAGAUGUGAACGUCCCGGACGCCUCCGGCUCCUUGCCCCUGCACGUGGCCAUCCAGGAAGGACACGCCGACAUCGUAGGCUUCCUGGCGCCUCGGUCCAACCUGCGCCACCGAGAUGCCGAGGGGCGGACGCCGCUGGAGCUGGUGCGACAUCUGGGGCUGACCGACCUCCAGGGCCUCCUUCAGUAGCACUUCUCCGGCCUCGCCUGACCCAGCCGUUUCUUGGGUCGGCAUCAGCACUGAGUCAGCUCAGGCCUCUCCCUAGACGGCCUCGAGCCCUGGAACAGAGACAGCUUUCCCCGUCCUUCCUACCUCAUGCUCUGUGUUCAAUGGCCUUUAACAUUGUUUCUCUGUAUAUUAUUUUUGUGGGCUCUCUUCUCUUCUGAUUUCUCCGAGUCUUUCGAAUCUUGCUGGUUCCUUGAGAGCUGGAGGUCCCCUCGGGUGGACCACGCAAGCUUGCCUUCUGGCAAGAUGCGGUCUCAUCAUUUUGCACUCUCUGGCUCCACAGAUCGGAGGUGUGGCCUGACCCCCCUUCCUUUGUACGCUUCCGGGACUUGCUCGGCACCGACCUGGAU